CGGCGGAGCCUGGUGCAGGAGCACUAGUGGGACACGAUGGCGGGUGCCACCCUAGGAGGGACGAUGGCUCAGGGCACUGGGAGCAUCAACAGUGACUACAAGGAUUGGGAGUGGAGUGCUGAUGCCGGGGAACGGGCCAGGCUCCUGCAGAGCCCCAGCGUGGAGACGGUGCCAAAGAGCGGAGAGAGCCAAGGGAACGGCCUGGGGGCCACGUCAGCUUUGGGAGCCGUCUUCAUCGUGGUCAAUGCUGCCCUCGGGGCUGGGCUGCUCAACUUCCCUGCCGCCUUCAGCAUGGCUGGCGGUGUGGCUGCAGGCAUCGUGCUGCAGAUGUGCAUGCUGGUUUUCAUCAUUGGAGGCUUGGUGAUCCUGGCGUACUGCUCGCAGGCCAGCAACGAGCGCACCUACCAGGAGGUGGUGUGGGCCGUCUGCGGGAAGGUGCCUGGCGUGCUGUGCGAGGUGGCCAUCGCCGUCUACACCUUCGGCACCUGCAUCGCUUUCCUCAUCAUCAUCGGAGACCAGGAGGACAAGAUUAUCGCUGCCCUGGUGACGGAGCCUGAGGAAGCUGGGAGCAGCCAGUGGUACACGGACCGCAAGUUCACCAUCAGCAUCACUGCCUUCCUUCUCAUCCUGCCCCUCUCCAUCCCCAAGGAGAUCGGCUUCCAAAAAUAUGCCAGCUCCCUGAGCGUGGUUGGCACCUGGUACGUCACGGCAGUCAUUAUCAUCAAGUACAUCUGGCCUGACAAGGAGCUCAUGCCUGUGGAGAUCCCCACCAGCCCCUCCACCUGGAUGGCCGUCUUCAAUGCCAUGCCCACCAUCUGCUUUGGCUUCCAGUGCCACGUGAGCAGCGUGCCCGUCUUUAACAGCAUGAAGCAGCCGGAGGUGAAGACCUGGGGGGCAGUGGUGACGGCAGCCAUGGUGAUCGCUCUCUUCGUCUACACGGGCACUGGUGUUUGCGGCUUCCUGACCUUUGGGGCUGGCGUGGAGCAGGACGUUUUGAUGUCCUACCCCUCCAACGACAUCCCUGUUGCCCUCGCCCGGGCCUUCAUCAUCCUCUGCGUGCUGACGUCCUACCCCAUCCUGCACUUCUGCGGCCGAGCUGUCUUGGAGGGUCUCUGGCUCCGCUACACUGGGGUGACGGUGGAGGAGGACGUGGUUCGGGAGCGGAGGAGGCGUCUGCUCCAGACCAUCAGCUGGUUCCUCCUGACCCUCCUCUUGGCUCUCUUCAUCCCGGACAUCGGCAAAGUCAUCUCGGUCAUCGGGGGCUUGGCCGCCUGCUUCAUCUUCGUCUUCCCAGGGCUCUGCCUGAUUCAGGCCAAGCUCUCCGAGAUCCAAGAAACCAGGGCAAUCAGCUGGUGGGCCCAGGUCAGCUACGGCGUGUUCAUGGUCACGCUCGGAGCCUUCAUCUUUGGACAGACCACUGCCAACGCCAUCUUCGUGGAUCUCACAGCCUGA